UGCGAAUCAAAUUACGAACGAGUUACUAAAGUCUACCGUUGACCCGAUUUCACGUGGUGAACAAGAAAAAAAUCGAAAAAAUGUCAAAUUUUGUACGUAAAACAUUAUUAUCGACGUUGUCUACUAGAUCUUUUCUCAAACAAUGUGGAUCUACAACUGUGACAAAUUUUACGAAAAGCACUUUGUGCAAAAGGACAUUUUCUAGCAUGACGAAUCUUCCAAGGCAAUUCGGAAGUUUCCAACAACGCUGGUUGCAUCAAGAAAAUGCCAGUAAAAAAAGUUACGAUAAUUUGUCGAAAUAUUUGGAAACUGAAAUUAAAGGAGAAAUGGAGGAAGGGGUAGCUAAUUUCGAUAAACUUCUCGAAGGGUGGACGAAACAUUGUGAUGGCGUUAAAAUCACUUUGUCAAAGAAAGUCGGAAACGAGACCGUAAAAGUUAACUUCAGCAUUUCUGGAGCUCUUGAGGGAUACAGUGGACCAGAAGAGGAGGAGAUGGAUGUCGAAGCACCUUUGUUAUGCAAGCCUCCAUUUGAAGUAGAAAUAGUGAAGCCCAGUGGGAGCACCAUGGCCAUUCGAUGUCUUGUUGAUGAGUACAUGAUGGAGGAAGGAGAAGAUGAUGUAUCCGACAGAUUUGAAAUUGUCAAUGUCACGAUCCAUAAUGGAAAGCUAGAAGAAACGACAUACGUCUGCGAGGCUGAAAAUAUGGAUGCUGAGAUGUAUGAUGGUCUUCUUGAUGUCUUGGAAGAAAGAGGAAUUGACAGUUUGUUUGUUGACAAUCUUGUGGAAUUCAGUACAAAAUACGAGAAAAAAGAAUAUGUAGAUUUCUUGACGUCAAUGAAGAAAUUUGCUGAUGAGUGAUAUACUUGUAGUUUAAUCUUUGCAAAACUUGAAUGUAACAACUCUGUGUGCAGACAAUACCAUUAUUUGUGUUGUGUAAAAUUUUAGUUUAAGACCAUAAUAAAUCAUGAUAUAAUAUUGGAA